AUGUCGUAUCCUCAGGGUUACUUGUACCAGCCGUCCGCCUCGCUGGCCCUCUACUCCUGCCCUGCCUACAGCACCAGCGUGAUCUCCGGUCCGCGGACGGAUGAGCUGGGCAGAUCGCCGUCCGGCUCGGCUUUUUCCCCCUACGCCGGCUCCACCGCCUUCAGCGCUCCCUCGCCCGGCUACAACUCGCACCUCCAGUACGGCACAGACCCGGCGGCGGCGGCGGCGGCCGCGGCUGCCUUCUCCUCCUACGUGUCCCCGACGGCGCGCUCGCCUUCUUCUUCUUCUUCUUCCGCCGCCCCCUGCCCCUUCCCCAACGGCGCCGCCUCGGUGCUCCCGCGACCCCUUUACUACGCCACCAGCCCCUUUUACCCCGGCUACACGAACUACGCUUCCUUCGGACACCUUCACGGCAACGCGGCCCCCCCGGCGGGCGCCCCCAGCCCCCACUUUAACGGAUUAAACCAGAGCCUUUUGAACAGAGCCGAAAGCUUGGCGAAAGACGCGAAAAUGCUCCGAAAUCAGAGCCACUACGACUUUAGCAAAGAGUCGCCUUACGAACUCAAAAAAGGUAUGUCGCACAUUUAAUCUCCGGCUUGAGCGCAGCUCCGAGAAGACUUGGGGAC